CUUAUCAAUCAAGUCGGACGGCUUCACUGUACUUGUUCCAAUAUUAAAGAAGGAACGGCUGUAUUCCUUCGUAUAAGGUCUUAUAGGGGGGACUAACUUGUUCCAUCGACGGUCAUGUGACAUCUGCGAUCCUGCUGUUCGUUGGAGUAUCUGAAUAUGCUCGAAGUCCCGCACCAGGCUAUAUCCUUCUCCGUGGUACUAACCCUUUGGACUUGUAUACCCAGCGAUCAUGGCAGAAAUUCUCGAGAAGUCAGCGGAAGUACGCACGGAGAGUGUCAGCUUUUACGACAAGCAAGGAGGCAUCACCCCGACCGAAACAGUUAACAUUGCCGACUGCGAUCACUGUACGAUGUUUCCUAACAGGUGGUCGAAAUUCAGGUAUGCGAUCCGUGAACCAGCGGCUGAGUUUCUAGGCACUAUGAUCCUCGUGAUCUUCGGUACUGGUGAUUUUCUUUCACUCAAUUUCGGCUGGGCCGCAGGAGGACACAUAAACCCCGCAGUCACGUUUGCUCUGGCAGUUUUCCGGGGGUUUCCUUGGAAAAAGGUGCCAGUCUACAUCUUCGCUCAGCUAUUGGGCGGAUUUUGUGGUGCUGGUAUCGUUUAUGCCAACUACUUCCAUGCCAUAGACAUAGUAGAAGGUGGGCCUGGUAUCCGAACUAUCAGUGGUUCUGGAGAUCUCUUUGCCACGUAUGCUGCGAGCUUCCUGACCCCCUGUUUCUUCUUGGGCUCGGCGUUGUUGAUGAUUAGUAUACUCUGUGUUAAUGACAAGAACAAUAAUCCACCGCCACAGGGUCUCGUUCCUCUUGCCCUGUUCAUUGCGGUGCUCGGCCUUGGGACCUCUCUCGGUAUGAACACGAGCUAUUCCCUGAAUCCUGCUCGGGAUUUUGGGCCGAGGGUUUUCACAGCAGCCGCAGGCUAUGGAAGCGCAGUGUUCACGUACCGCAACCAUUAUUGGUUAUGGUGCAAUGUGCUUGGCCCGGUCAUCGGAAUGCUAUUUGGUGCAUUCACAUAUGAUGUGCUAGUAUUCGGAGGUUGCGAAAGCAUUAUAAAUAAACCGUAGGUUCAUCUGGAAGGGCACGGGCCGCCGCUGAUUUUGUUUCGUACUAGUAACGCCCAGACCAUAGAGCGCCACCUUCAUGCCUGCCCGGGACAAAGAGGAAAGCUCCCUGUGGGAAUCGAGAGCGCUUGAAUGAAACUUUUGUCACGAUAGCAUGCAUGAUUCUGGACGAUACAUUUUUAACUUGCUACGAAGGUGACCUAGCAAAUGCCUUGCAGCAUCGGAUCU